UCAUGGAUGACAUUUUGCGGGAAGAGGCUCCCCCGCCCCCCGUCACUGAUCCGCCCCCGCCCACCAGACCCCCGCUCCGCUCCACGCCAGCGCCCUCAGCGGCUACUCCGCCGCCGCCCGUGGAGCGCGUUAGUCCAGCAGUCAGGGCUUCUACGCAGGCCCCGGCCCGUGUCCCGGCGCCCGUGGAGCCCGUGGAGCCCGUGGCGCGUUCGUUUUGGGCUAUAGCCUGGGAGGCGCACAUCUACUUUAGUGGCACGUUGUUCGUGCUCUUGUCCGUGUAUUGUUUGGUCAACAUCAUGCGCCUGCACACCUUCUCGCGUUUGUUUUCGCGGGGCUAUUUCAUCGCGCUCAAUGUCAGUAUCAUCGUGAUUGGGGUGCUCCGGCCCAUUUUCCUGUUCCAUGACCCGUACAACUUGGGUCAAACGUGGCCGCGAAUGGUCGGCUAUUUGCUUUUGGACACGGGCUAUCCGUGCAUCACCACGGCUUUUGCCGUUCUCUUCCUCGCCCUUUUGCGCGCCACUCAGGUUGAGCUUGUUUCUCCGUCGUUCCAAAAACCUCGCUCGUUGGGCAUAUUUUGCGGCGUGCACUUCUUGAUCACGAUCGCUCUGGAUGUGACCAUCGGGUUCUUUGUUCAAGUCAGAUACUCAAUACUCAUUGCUCAAGGCUUCUUCAUCGUUUGGAGCUUGCUACUCUCGGCCGGUUACUUCUACAUAUUUUCGCCCAUGAAAAAAAUCGCGUUGAGACCGGGAGGGAGCGACAUGAUGCGCGCCAACGUGUAUCCCAAACUGAUGAUGGAAGGGGGCUACAGCAAUGGAGGGGUGGAGCCGCGUAUGGAACCGCAGUACUUGCCCCAAGCCGCCAGUCCGCCUCUAGCCCGAGCGAUCCAUCUCACUCUGGGCGUGGCCAUCAUAUCCAGUUUAAUGGGUGGGGUCCAGUUGUUUGGCAUGAUCAAGAUGUUGGGUCUACAGAAAGUGGACAUGUCCCCUCGUCAAAACGAGUGGGCGUGGUUUGGCUAUCAGGUGGCCAUGCGAAUCCUUGAAGUGACCAUCUGUACGUUGUUGGCCGUGAUAACCACCACGCCCUUGAGAAGUGAGCCACCAAACUCCUCGCCGAGUCCGCCCUCCAAGUUCUUGUUAUGUUGUCGAGGUCACAAUCCGCCCCGGGAAUUCGAGGACGAGAUCUACUCCGAGAUCUGUACCAACAAUCAGAGCGUCCGUCACAUGAUGAAUGGGGGCGGUGGGCCUCAAGGGCCGGGCAUCAUGAUGGACAACCCGUAUGGGACGCUUGGGCCCAACGGGAGGCUCUCCUUGGGACGCAUGGCUGGGUAUCCGGAGGGAGAUGGAACGCUUUUACCCAUGGAGAAUCUCAUGAACAGCAACCUGGCCUUGACGUCUCUACCACCUGGGCACAGCCCGCAGUCCACAUUGGGCUUGAUGGGACCCAUCAUGAACCAAAAAAGAGCCACGUCUAGUUCCUCGAACUCCAACCCCACUUCCACACUGAGGACGUCCGGCAACUAUCAGGACAUUGCGCGAGGCUCGGGACUUCAUCAAUCGAAUAGCGGGGCGUCAAGUCGCGCCACGGUGGAUACGGCGCUCUACUCGAAUCUCAAGAAUCCAAGCCGACCCUCUUCCAUGCUCUUCAACGAUUCCGGGUUCGUUCGAUUUCGAAUGGGCGACGACCCCAAUCUCCCUCAAGAUGAUGUCUUAAGGCAAUCCACUAGCAAUUUGGUGGAGGCCAUCAAUCUUAGAGAGUCACGACCUGCGUCGAGAAACGUUGACACGCGAGAUAAGCUUCGGGCCUCCCAAAGCUUUGAUGAUUCGGUCCUUCUCAUGGAUCGCAUUCCGGGUUUGGAGGUCGGCAAGGGCCCCAUGGACAAGCUCUCCCCGGCUUCACAGCCCGAAACCACAUUUGGCAAUGUGAAAAUGAGACCGAGUCAGAGACAUGGACCCGGAGCGUCCGCUUUACUCUCGGAUCAGAGUCGCCACUCUCCGAUUUACAAGUCCAUUGACUCUCUUGGGCCAUCAGAAAACGGAGAUGAUCAAGACCCCGAACUAGCUCAGAUGUACGAACCGCCCCCUGGGAUGAAAUUCCCGCCCAAAGACUCGAUGAAAGGGACUCCUUCUCAAGCCAUCUACUCCGAAGAUGACAUGAGCUCGGUGUAUGGCCGUUCACAGAUCUACCGCCCUCCUUCGCGAUGUUCUUCCAUAUCGGCCACUCAGAGUUUCGACAUGCGGAUGUACGGCCAGACCAACGGCAAGAUGGGCAAGGCGCCCGCCGUGAAUGCCCAAGGGUUUAUCACGCACACGUUGGGAGGGAAACUAGGCCCGUCGGCCAACUCUCCCGCCGAAGGGGCCAAAAAGGAGAAGCUGGAAAAUCCCUACUAUUACUAUGGAAGCACGAGGAACCAAAAGAAGCAAGUCAAUCAAAAGCCUCGGCCCCUGCUUCCUAGUCAACGCCAACAGCUGGAGCUUCAGGAGCGGGCCACUCACACCCGCCCGGGCCGUCCGACCAGUCGACAGACUGCUGCGUCCUCGCGCCCAUCCAGUCGGCAAAACCUCCUUCAAAGCAGCACCCCUGCUGAGCCCCCUGCGGCCGAGGGUCAAUUCCAAAGGAGUCGCAGCCUUGGAGGCUACUACAAUCGGAACGGCCCGCCUCCCCCGGUCAGAGGUCACCCACACCUGGCUUACCGGCAACAGCCCCAAGUCCAACACCACCAGGCGGCCGGAUCCAUGACCCCCAUAUCAUAUUCCCGGUGGCAACAUGCUCAGCGACAAGAAGAAAUGCCGAGGCGCCACAAUCCGUUGUAUGAUACUCCGCCCACUGUAAGGCACGCCCAGGCCAUGGCAGCCCACCUCCGCAUGGAACAGGGACAACCCCCGCGAUUACGCUUGGGCGAGUCGGCUGAAUAUGCGUUUGAUGACCGAGUGGGCGGGCGACUCUCCCAGCCAGCGCAACAGUUCUACAACACGGACGCCUUCAAACGCAACUCUCCGGUGGUUGGUUUGCGUCAAGGUUCCGGACUGACCGGGCUCCCAGCUCCUCCUCAACGACUCAACUACUUGGGACUGAAUCGUGGACUGUCGGUUGACCCCCAAUCCAUGUUGUCGCCCAUUCUGACCGAUCAUGAGGACUCUUCGGCCAGUCCAAUGCAUCAAGUACACCACCAUCAGGGAAUGCCACCCCGUCUUUCUAACCAAGUUCAACCUGAUUAUCUGACCGAUGAGGAGGACUCGGACGUGAAUAGCGCCUUUGACCAGUUCACAAGCCAAGCCACUCAAGGCUACUGUGACGGUCUGGCGGAUAAUGAAUCGGAAGUAUCCAGUAUCUUUGGCACCGAACCUAGACGCCGUCGACGGAGCCAGCCACUCCAAGGCAUCAAUCAGACGGACGGACAGAAACUCCAGCUCGUGAGUCCUUUGGAAUACUCAGCCAUGCUCAAGCUCCACGGCAAUAACUCGACGUAUCUGAGUAAAGAUAUCACACCCGACUCCGGCGUGAAUAUGGGCAACAAUAGCGACUCUAACAAGAGCAAGAAGGAUCGCCCCCUACCGCCCAAACGAACCUCGUCUCAAGACACCAAAGAUACUCCUCCCCAUGCCAAGGAGAACUCGCGCCAAUCGUUGUUGUCCAGCUCCUCCUCUCUCAAUGAUCUGCUUAGUGUAGUCAAGCAAACCACUGCCACUCGAGAAGGCAAAGAAUACUCCCGCAUCAAUCCCAAUGGCCGGACCAGCACUGUAUUCUCUUCGUCUUCGUCCUCAGAGUCCGAGAGCGACCCGGACGACCCGACCCAAACAACGCUGUCAGGAGCUCAAAAGACGUCCACCGGGAUGGAUGGGCAAAAACCGCAAUUGUAUCAGCCUUUAAAGAACUCGACGAAACAUCCAGGCCAAACCGCGUUCCGAUGGGACGGCAGCCAAAUACCCCAAGAAACGGGAGGGAUUCAAUCUGGAGGCCCACCAAGAGCUCGCAUCCCGUCCGAGCAUUCGGAUUUGGGCGCCACAGGAGACACUGACGAUUUUUCGGAAGUUGGAGAGAGCAAUACCGAAGAGGAUGGCUUGGAGGAUGAGGACGAGGAGGAGGAGGAGGAUCAAAAUCAUGGAUUGAGCGUCCAGCGAUCCGCAAAUCUUGCAUUUUAGAACGGGCCAUGUCAGAUCUAGAGCACGCCCACUUCUCCCUUCUCAGAGCACCCAUUUUGUUACUAGUAUCCGGGUCAUCCAACGUCGUCGUUGAUGAUAUUGUUAAGAUCAAGGGGUCGAAGCAGGUUAUCAAAUUUAUCAAAACCUGAUUUGCGAAAUGUGCCACUAACUGUGCAAAUAAGGUGCAUUUAUUAUUGGAAGUGUUUGCUAAAGAAAAGCCGAUUCUAUUACGAAAUUAGACGUGCCGAUCCUGUAUGUGGCCUUUCCAACAGUCUUCAGUUUUUUGUUUUGCCUCCAUCGGAUCAAUCAUCAAUCAUGAGCCCGACGGACGAUGAUGCAACACGUGCAAGGUUGCGCGCUCCAAUUAAGUCGAUUUGUCCGACAAUUUGUUACUACCACCCUCUUGCCAAACAGCGCAUGUGGACCAUUGCUUCGAUAUCAAUGGCCUCUCACAUGUCUUGAAGUGGAAUUUCAAUAGUGUCUGAAUUUUUAUUUAUGUUUUGCCAGAAAACCAACAAGUGAGACAUCUCAACAUCUUAUCCAACCCAAUGUGUACGCCAAAAUGUCUAUCAAUAUUAUUGGUCUAAUUAUCAUCCUUGUCCCUCUACCUAAUGUACAACAACCCCCCCCCCCUCUACAACCGCUACACAAAUGAAAGAAUAUAUACCUAGAAAUAGGCAAAGAAAAUAAAACGCAUGUUGAA